CUGGCAACUGUCCAAUCAAAAGUAAGCAUUUGAGCAAGGACUGUAAGGCUCUUUAUGAGCAUCAUUUACAUAUCCAUAGCCAUGCUGAGUGAUGCGCAUCUCAUCGAAACUGCAUUUUGUCAAAUCAUGUGAAGAAUCUUGUCUGGCAGCUUGGUCAUUCAGUCGUUGCAGGUUUCAGGUCAGAGGGAUGGGCUUUCUAACUCCACCUUUAAUAAAGACGCACUCAAAGUCAAGAAUUCAUUCGUCUAGGCAUCCGAGCAACACUUAACUUCUUUGUUUUACUCAGUCACUAAGGAUCUUCCACCAGGACCAGUAUGGUGUCAAUGGGACGUCAGAUGCUGGGCUUUGCCCUGGCCAUCAUAGGCUUCUUGGGAACCAUCAUUGUGUGUGCUCUCCCCAUGUGGAAGGUGACUGCCUUCAUUGGGGCCAACAUUGUGACUGCACAAGUGAUCUGGGAGGGCCUCUGGAUGAACUGUGUGAUGCAGAGCACAGGGCAGAUGCAGUGUAAAAUCUACGACUCUCUGCUGGCACUGCCCCAGGACCUGCAGGCUGCCCGAGCUCUUAUUGUCAUUGCCAUCAUUGUUGCUGCUUUCGGAGUCUUACUGGGCAUUGCUGGAGGAAAGUGCACCAACUUUGUGGAGGACGAAAGAGCCAAAGCUCGAGUGGCCAUUGCUGCUGGGAUUGUGUUCAUUGUGGCUGGAGUGCUGGUCCUGAUUCCCGUCUGCUGGUCCGCCAACACCAUCAUCCGUGACUUCUACAACCCCAUCAUGACCAACGCUCAGAGGAGGGAGCUAGGGGCUAUGGCUUCGAUGGGAAUGCAGUUGCUGGGUGCCAUUUUGGGUCUUUUUGGCUGGAUUGGAGUGAUUGUUGUGUGUGGAAUUCCUAUGUGGCGAGUAACAGCUUUCAUUGGCAACAACAUUGUGACAUCUCAGACCAUCUGGGAGGGCAUCUGGAUGAGCUGCGUGGUCCAAAGCACAGGACAGAUGCAGUGCAAAGUGUAUGAUUCCAUGCUUGCUCUGGGUACUGACCUCCAAGGAGCUCGAGCCUUGGUUGUGGUCUCUAUUAUAACAGGCAUUGUGGGUCUUCUAAUUGCCUUUGUUGGGGGUAAAUGUACCAACUUUAUCCCAGAGGAAAGGGCAAAAUCCAGGGCUACUGUUGCAGCUGGCGUGAUAUUGAUCAUCAGUGGAAUUCUUUGUCUCAUUCCUGUUUCCUGGACAGCAAGUAUGAUCAUAAGGGACUUCUACAACCCCGUGGUGGUGGAUGCGCAGAGGAGAGAGCUCGGAGCAUCGUUAUAUAUUGGCUGGGGAGCAGGAGGACUUUUGGUUCUUGGAGGAGCUCUUCUAUGUGCAAACUGCUCCAAGAGCGACAAUGAUCAAGCCCCAUCUGUGAAAUAUCUGCUGAACAAGUCAACAGCAGGACAGAGUAGGAUAAACUCUGUCAGAUCACUCACUCCAACAAAGACCUAUAUCUGAGUUUUCAAUGUAACUGCUGAAGACGUCUAAAGAAAAAAUAAGUUGCUCCUGUAAAGAUGACUCCUGAUAAGGAAUGAAG